CGCCUGCUUUAUUUUUACCGGGCGUACUGGUGCGAUAUUCUCAAUUUGACUGUUAAAUUUUAACCGCAGCUGUGGGAUUUGCGUCCAUGACCACACCCUCAGCCCCGCCUUUCCCUUGACCUUGACACGCGAUCGUCGCCAUACAGCCCAAUUGACACUCAAUUGAUGAUUUGUAAAUUGUGCAUCCUGGCACACACUUGACGAUUUUGUUUAACCUGAGCUGAAAACUUUGCUCUUCAAACCCUUUCUCCGGAGGCGGUCGAGUUACCACAUUCUGUCCAGCGUGUUGUAUGACAUACAGCUAACUGAACCUAUCAGCUCUCAGAGAAACACUGAUUUCAAUGUCAGCAACACGCCCAGUGGAAGUAUCUUGACCGCUGCGUCGCGACUGACAAAGGAUACCACAAGAGAUGAUCUUCUUUGUUGUAUAUAUACACACAUGUACGCAACAAAGGCUCUCAUGCCCGCAUGUUCCGUAUCCGCGAUAAAACCCUCAGAUCUGUUCGACCCCAUGGCUUACAUGAUUGGCUGUGAACCAUGCAGUGUCGAGAUCCUUUUUCGAGUGGCUUGUAAUUGCUGUUUCUCACUUCUUUUAUCAGACCCCAUUGCAUUGUUCGCGGACAAUGCUAGGACUUCCCUCUGAACCCACCCCAAUCAGAACCCGUACCAUAUUUGCUAUGCCUUAUUCUUUCCUAUUUUCUUUUGGAAACUAUUAUUUUCCUAUUCACUGAUACAACUAUCUUCCUCUGUCAACACACUUUCCUGGGGUUGAGUUUCUCCUUUCAAUUCAGCCUCAGUUUCGGGGGAAGCAGUUAUUCAGCUGCUAGAGUUGGUCGCACUGCGAUACUACCACUACACAGCGUUUCAAAUGGGUUCUAGCACAAAAUCGAGAUCCAUCUCCCCAGAUGAGGAGAAGGGUGCCUCUAAUGUUUUGCCUGCCAAUGCCCGGGCAUCCGGACAGGAAACCCAGGAGCCUUCGAUGACCGCCCGGAGAUUCAUGAGCUUCGUAGCCAUGGCAUUCCUUUGGACUGGCAGCCAGAUUCCAGUAUACUUGUUCGGUGGUUGUCCGCCCUACAUUUAUGGGGAUAUUGGAGGCAGUGACCGCUGGGUGUGGUUUGUUCUCGCGAACCUUUUGGCUCUGGCUGGCGUUUGCCCUUUCGUCGGCUCUCUAUCCGAUUUAAUCGGCCGACGCUGGGUUGCCAUAAUUGGCGCAUCACUUGUAUGUUUGGGUAUGAUCGUGGGCGGCACUGCAAAAUCUAUGAAUAUUUUCAUUGCUGGAAUGGCUUUUGCUGGCGCUGGUGCCGGCGUAAAUGAAUUAACCGCUCUCGCUGCGACGUCCGAGAUGGCACCAACUAGACAGAGGGGAAAAUAUGUUGCUAUUUUGAUUUUCACCAUUCUUCCAUUUGCCGCAUCUGGUCUUUGGAGUCAAUUGAUUGCAUAUUACGCAGGUUGGAGAUACAUUGGCCUUUUCUGUGGGGUUUGGAAUGGCCUUGGUCUUGUUGUCACGACCAUGUUCUACCAUCCGCCUCCCCGGGUUAACUCUGAAGGUCUUAGCAAGAACGAAAUUAUAAGGAACAUUGACUUUAUCGGCGGUAUUUUGAGCAUUGCUGGCGUAAUAAUCUUUCUGGCUGGUCUUCAAUGGGGUGGAUAUCAAUACCAAUGGGCCAGCGCACAUGUCCUCGCACCUCUUAUUAUUGGCCUUGCUCUUCUCGUGGCAUUUGUUUUUUGGGAAGUAUACGGUGCAGAGCAUCCGAUUUUGCCCCGGCGUCUGCAGCAGGAGAGACGUACAUUUGCUCUCACCCUGGUGAUAACUUUUAUCUCUGGCACCAACUUUUUCUCUCUGAUUAUGUUUUGGCCAUCGCAGGCAUUCAAUGUAUAUGGCCAUGACCCCUACCAAGUUGGCAUUCGAACGAUUCCCGUCGGAUUUUCCAUUCUCGCGGGCGCUUGCAUUGUGCUCUACUUGCUCAGUGUCUUGAAAGGUAGCAAUAGAGAGCUCCUUGUUAUUAGCAGCGUCUUUAUGACCGCAGGCUGCGGCGCCAUGGCGAGCGCUAACGUCGACAAUAUGAGCACACUAUGGAUAAUUCUCAUCAUCGCUGGCCUCGGAAUUGGCGGCAUCGUCGUCCCGGCCUCAAUCAUAACCACAAUAAUAUGCCCUGAUGACCUAAUCGCAACUGUUGCUGCUGUAACCCUCUCUAUCCGCGUUGUGGGCGGCUCUAUCGGUUACACAAUCUACUAUAACGUUUUCAUAUCCAAAUUUAUUCCCAAUGCCGUAAAGUACAUCGGCGGUACCAUGUCUCUCAAACUCGGAAUAAAAGACGAAGCCCUGAUUGAAGAAGCAAUAAAACUGACCGGAGAAUCACUAAUUAACGAUCUUAAACAUAUCCCUGGAAUUUCGGGAAACGAAACGGCUUACCAGAUGGUAGUAAGUGCAGGCCAAGUCGCAUUUGCGGAGAGUUACAAAUGGGUGUAUUACACGAGCGUUGCAUUCGGCGUGUUAAGUAUCAUCGCGGCUUGUUUCCUGGGCGAUAUUGAAAAGUAUAUGGACGACCAUGUUGCUGUGAUAGUGAAUUGAGAUAUUGUUUAAAUUGAUGGGUAUAGAGAAGGCUAUUGCACUGUUUUCAUAUUAUUACAGAAUACAUUGUGGGUAUCUAACUCCCACAUCUUUUGUCAUGACCUGCCUAAGGGACGAUAAUAAUCAACACCAUAGGUGAAAAUGUUU